ACUCGCUAUUAUCCUCAGUCGCUGCUGCUAUACACAUAAAUUCGUGGUAUAAUGUACACUAUAAAUCCAGCGUUACAUAUGGAAUUCACGCAUCCAUCCUCUGUGCUCUUCAAUUUCUCAAAAUCGUUCUAAAACGGCACAUUUUUAAUGUCAGUAGAAUCCGUCCUUGUAAAUUAAAUAAUGUUCACCAACAUACCGCAGUUUGUGCCAAUUCGAAGGCAUAUAUCUAAUCGAAUCGCUAACUAGGAAGGUAUCGUCAAAAUGCUACUAAGAACGACGUACUCGAGUGAGGAUCUGCACGAAGCUGUAGAUUCCUACUUGAUUGCUGAGAAUCCGUACGAAAUGAAUCGCCAUCGCAACCACAUCCUACUCUCGGUGAUUAAUAGCAAUGCGAUGCUAUUCGUUUCGAUCAUUCAGGAGAAGUAUGACGCUGAGUCGGAUCUGGUCGAGAAGAAAAAGAUUGUGGAACUCCUCUACGAGAUUGUCUCGAGAACGGAAAAGAUUUUUGACUUUUUUCCGGUGCUAACCUUCUUGUCAAAAUGCGUAAAAAUUACGCUGUGUUUGCAGCACUCAGUAAUGGCAAUAAAGUCUAUCAUGGAGAGGCACAUGAAUGUUGAUGAAAUAUGCUCGCAGAUGGAACAAGAUUCGACCCUUGUGGAGAAUGAUAGUGUAAACAAAUUUAAAAACUUGAUUAAUUGGUUGUAUAAGUCCCUGUUAGAUUGUAACAUGUACCAGUAUAAUCGAGAAUGCAGAAUGGACUUUUUGUGGAUCACUCACUAUAUCCUGGAUUUUCAAGUGAAAUACAAAAUUUUAGACAUUGAUAAUAUAGUUUCUGAAAUAUGUGAUGCAGUCAAGGGAGAAAAAGAUCCCCGUAAUUUAUUAUCGCUAUUUGAAUUAGUUUGUAAAGUCAGCAAAAACAUGGCAACAUCGGACACAGAGUUUGAAAAACUGGCAGAUUUAGUCACAAUAUAUUUUCCAGUACAAUUUACACCUCCAAAGAAUGAUAAAGUUGGUAUAACACCGCUGCAGCUAAAGGAUGGGUUAUUAAAGUCCUUUACAUCACACCCAAAAAUGGGUUUUCAUAUUAUGGAGGUUCUUGUCGAUUCUCUAUACUCUGAGUUUUCAUUGCCUGAGGAAUCACUUGCAGUUCUCUCGGAUGUCCUAUACUUUCUUGAAAGCUGUAUACCUGUCUAUGAGGAUUGUAUCGACAAGUAUAUAGACUCCUUUAUGGAAGUGGUAAAGAUUGAACUUUUGCCGGUAAUAGCUCCAUCCACGAAUGAAGAAGAAUCCCCGCCAAAUGAACCUAUUCCAGAGAUAACAAUUAAGGAUACCCUGGAUGAUACCCCUAUAGGAAUUCUGGAAAUGAAAAGAAUUGGUGAAGUGUAUUACCACAAGUGGGAUUUUGUUGACAAGAAGCUGAACAUUUAUGGUAAAUUGACAAGGAUGUUUUUUCAAAAUUUUUCAAUAAUUGAUGAAUCAUCCAAGAACCUAUUUAUAAAAUUUUUAGGGACUCUAAAAAACUCCUUGGUAAUGAAUAUUCAAGAUGCAAAUGUAAGUGAAAAUGCUGGCUAUAUUUUGGAUAUAUUGUGUGAAUUUAGCAACUUUCAUAUGUCCAUCAUAGACUUUGUAAUUGCUCCAAGUAUUUAUGAAAUGGCAGUUUCAGAAGAGCUGAAAAGUAAUACUAUUCUACAUCUGCUUCUGGGGAAUUUGGUAUCAAAGAUUCUAAUGAAUAGAAAUUUGUCUAUAAAUAAUGAGCAUAUUGAUAAGAUGAUUGAUGUUUUAAAAACAUUUUUGAGAUCCGAGGAUGAUUUAAUUGCAGCGUUUGGGUUGAAAUUGCUUAUUCUGAUCGCUUCAUGCUCAAAAUCUGCAUUGCUACAUGACCUUGCUUUAUAUUUGCUGGAAAAGACAAAUUUUCUAAUGUACAAUACUUACUUUGGAACUGCAGAUACGUUAUCUGCAAAGAAAUGGGAUGACGAACUUAGAUUAGUUUUGGGCAUUCAGUUACUCAUUGUUAUAUACAGAAACAAUGUCAAGAAAUGUCACCAGGUGGACCAACUUUUGAUUAAAAUGACAGAAUCUAUUUUUGAUAAUGGGUUUGGGGAGAAGAAUUAUUACUAUGUCUUGGCAGAAAUAACACACCAUCAGAUUCCAUUUAGGCGUCUAUUUUUGUACAUUGAUUAUAAAGUGUUUGAAAGGUUUAUUUACAUUUCAAGAUCAUAUUCAUACAGUCUUGAAGAAGGCUUGAAUGUUUCUAGAGAAAUUGCUGAAUUUAUAGGAAUAGCAUUUUCCAAGUUGCACAAUCCAACCUUGGUCAAAUGUCUAGUUAGACUAUGUACCAAAUGUUUGGAACAUUCCGUCUUGAAUACUCAUUUAGAUGUUGAAAAUACCAUUGUGAUUGGGUCUUGUUUGAACGUGUUCUUGGAAAGGAUACAAGUGUUGCCAAUAUUGAAAAACCCUUUUGGAGAUUCCGAGGCUCUAAUAGAAUAUAUGGUUCAAAGUCCCAAGGAUCCGGAGCAUUUAUCAGAAUUAUACAAGGAUAUAUUCAAGACUAACAAAGAGUUAUCUAAAUAUGGAAAGGAUUCACCCAUAUUAUUUACGGACGUACAUACAGGAAUAACAUUGUACAAUAAUGGGAGGUUUGAUAUUGUAUCGUCUGUGACAACUCUAAACUUUUUACUCCUUAGAGUAUUGAAGGCAUAUAAGGAGCUAUGGAAUUUCGCGAUGCAAGUCUCUCAGUCAUCCAAAAAGUUUCUGACGCGGUACAUUCCUACACUAAUUACAAAUCUGACAAGGGUAGUAUCAAAAAAUAUGUUGGAGAAGCGAAUGGAUUUUGUACAAAUUUUCCCCUAUUUACAAAGGUCUGUUGAUAUAUAUCCAAUUAUUCUUAAAUAUAAUGUUGAUAAUGACACAUACGUUACAAGGUUUGUGGAUCCAGCAAUGAGCCACUGUAAAGUUUGUAAUUGUAUUCAAAAAUUGGUCAUUAUUGGACUCUUGUUAAUGAGGGAGAUUUUUGAUGAAAAGUUUUCCUACCACGAUAUUUUUGAUGCUAAACCGAUCGAUGCAAAAUUAUAUACCCAUUUAAAACAACGAUGUAGAAAAGAGCCUUUGUAUCCUUUUCAUAAUUUGGCGGUAUCCCUCUUGAAAAUUGAUGCGAUUUUAAUGUGCAUUUAUAAACUUGCAAGUCAAUGCACAGAUAUUUUUGAGCAUAUAAAAUUUAAAGAUCCUUCAUAUUUCUCACUGCAUAUUUACUUUGUCUCAAAUAAGAUUACAAACGUGCAACUUUCCAGGCAUAUUGUUGAGAAUGGGUGUAUAAACUACAUUUCUAGAUACGUGACAUCAUUGUGUCCAUAUGACUAUGGGAAAAUAUUUGAAUCUCUGAGUAUUGCAAGUGUUAGUGACCCAGAAAGGGAUGAGACCUCUGGAAUGGAAUAUUCGGAUUUGUUCAUGUCCUUGGUACCGCUUCCCCUUGAUUCUGUUGAUACUCUUAUUACAAAUCAUCUUUUGCACCUUAGAUUUAAUUUUAAUGUUUUUGGCAGUAAUUAUGAUCUAAAGUAUCUCAUUUUAGAUGCCUUAUUUUCUUCGCUAGGUACGGAAACGGCAAAGAACCUUGACGUUUAUGGAAUGGACCACAUGGAAACAGUCAAUAGCAUCAUUCUCAUUUUACUUUCCCUUGAUAUUUCGGAUGUUAUCAACUUUUAUUCUAAACACCUGAGAUAUAUUGUAGAGUUAUUUGUAAAUUUGGAAAUAAGCUCUGUGGUACAAUGCAGUAAUACCAAUUAUUUGAGUUGGCUCUGCAAGAGGUUCAUCAUACACAUUUUCAUAAUGGUACUCAAGGCGCUUGCACACAUCAACGGUCAAAAGAAGAGCUAUAGGGCUCAUGUAUAUGGAUACAAAAUUUCACAAUCAUCAUCCAUUGUUCGUGAUGAAAAAAUAGAGUGGCUAUACGGCAUGUUCCAAGAGAAUAUGGAAAUUGUUUUGGAUAAAACUGCCAAUGUUGCUAAAAAUUGCAAAGUUCCAUUCUGCAGACUCCUUUCAAUUCUCAUUAUCAGCUCUCUAAUGGACAAUCAACGUCUAGAAUUGACUCCAGAACGAAAGUCUCAGGUGAUAAAGGGACUCAAUGUCUGUCUCGGAGACUCUAAUAAAAGGGUACGUAAGGUCGCACUCCUGUGUAAACGAAAGUGGUCAAGCGUGGAAUCCUAG